UAGUGGCAGUGAAGCCUGUUGUAGGUGAGGACCAGGACCAGGACCAGACCUCCACGAGCAGCGGGCUCUCAGUGAGGGCUGCCCGGGGGCAGGAGCCAUGGUCCAGACGUGCUCAGCCUACGGGUGUAAGAACCGCUACCACAAAGAGAAAGACAUCUCGUUCCACAAGUUUCCUCUGGCGCGUCCAGAUGUUUGCGGUAAGUGGGUGGCGGCGAUGAGGAGGAACAACUUCAAGCCGACAAAGUACAGCAACAUCUGCUCGCAGCACUUCACCAGGGACUGCUUCAAGACCGAGUGCAACAACCGAGUGCUGAAGGAGAACGCCGUGCCGUCGCUCUUCACCUUCAGCCUCAGCAUCAAGUCCUUGGAGCAUCCCUUCCCCUCGGAGAUCCACUUCCCGCUCUCUCUGCCGCUGACCUGUGACCCAGUGGUGGACGAGGAGGAAGUGGAGGAGGAGCAGCCACCAUCGCCACAGCAGCAGCAGCCGCCGUCGCCCAGGAGGAGUCCACAGGACUCCCACGGCGACACGGCGGCGGUGUCCUGCGACCACAACUACACGGCGGAGGACUCGGCGCAGCAGAGGAAGCACAUCGAGCAGCUGGAGCAACAGCUGGAGCGUCUGAGGAGGAAGCUGGAGCCGCAGCUGGAGCGCAUGAGGAAGAAGCUGAAGACGACGCAGCAGAAGUGUCGGCGGCAGGAGAGGCAGCUGAAGAGGCUGAGGGCCGUCUGCAAGGUGACGAGAGCCGGGCGAGACACGCCCGCCACGUACGGAGACAGGUACGUGAUCUUACCCAAACAGAUGUACCACGCACUCCGAGGCAUCGAGUGACGAGGUGGAGGAAGAGGAAGGAAACGAAUCUGAUCGGAUGUUACAUUCUGCUGCAGGUUCCGUCUCAGGUCCGUCGCCAGACAGACGCUCGCUGCCGAGCACGAGACCUGUCGGAGUGUCGGAGUGUUUGGGAAAAAUCAAACGCAGGAAUGCGGGAAAAUGUGAUUCUGUUCUAGUGGAUACAGCGAACUCCCUUUUGACUUCGCUGUCCUUUUCUUUGUGUUUUGUGAUCAGGCUGCAGUGACAAAACUUUAACAGCUCAGCGUUUUGGGUUUUGCACAGAAUUGCAUGUUGUUUCUUGAGUUCCUGGCUGCAGCCGAGACGCAGUGCCAGCACGCGCGUACCAAACCGAUGAGAUACCACUGAUGUAAACGAGUGAGCUUCAAAGGAGCUGUCUUUAUGCUAAGCUACAUCAUGUUACACCAGCCUCACACUGUCCAGCUAAACAAAAAAAAAAGCGAUGGAGGGAAGUGUCUUGGAUGUUGAUUGGCGGUUGCAGCCGCCAAUGGCGCUGAAUGCGCGUCAUGCACCUUUAACCCCUGAGUGUGACGGUCCCUGAGCUCCGCUUGUUAAACGUCCUAGUCACCAGGAGGAGGAGGAGUUAAAAACUUCAGGAAUUUUUUUUGAAAUUAUAUUUCGUUUUUUAUAAGUCUGCCUGAAUUCAAACGUCCGGACUCGAACAGGCGUAUUCAUGGACGACCCGCCAGCUCAAACAGACUUUCUGCAGAUGAAGCAGAUUUUCUCUCCAGACUUUGCUCCGGGGGGGAAUUUCCCCCAUAAUCCACAGCGGUUAUGGAUGCACCUAAAUAAAAUGAAUAAAUAAAUAAUAUACAAUA